AACUGAUCACUCGAAGUAUGCUCAGUCAAGCAUCUGAUUUUGCCAGAAUCCCAAUGUUGAAGAUCAUUCUAUUUGUAGUCUUUAACCUCACGCUACCUCUCAAAUUCAAUGGAAGAACUAGGCAUCUAUUUUCUCAUUUGGACAAAUUUCAUCAUAAACGAAUCACUUGUUCAUCUUUCCUCGAGUUGGUGACUUAUGAAUUUCAUUGGGUCUCAUGAUUCUUCACUGCUUCUCUCUGUGCUUCAAUUAUACUGUUGCAUACGCCGACGGCUUGCGAUGGUAUAAGCAACGAUCAGCCGCCAUAUGAGCCUUGGCAGUUGAAUGAAACUCGAAAAAAUUAUAAAGAUGUGCCUUGAAAUAUCCGACUUCUUGAAUUAUCCGACUCCAUUUUGUCUUCCCUUCCACCUUCUCCCCAACAAUGCGCUCUCUACAUCAUAUUCCUCUCUCUGCUUUCCUUCUCUCCGCGGUCUAUGCGUGGACAUCAACCCCAUUCAACCCUCCUUCGGUUCCCCUUGCAGUCAGGACGCCUUACCUCUCUUGCUGGCUCCCGCAAGGAAGUGGUAAUGCUCUCAAUUCCGUUUGGCCAGAAUUUUGGACCGGCUCUAUUCUCGGAUGGGCAGGUUUUGUCAAGGUCGACGGAGUUGCUUAUAGUUUCUUGGGAGCUCCCGCUGUGUCAGGCGCGACUUUUUCCCAAGCUACGCAACAGAGCUUUUCUUUCACCUCUACUCAGAGCACAUUCGUCCUUUCUGCCGGCCCGAUCGACGUGACCGUCAACUUCCUCAGCCCAGUCGAGCCAACCGAUCUUGUCAAACAAUCCGUGCCAUUCUCGUACAUGGCUGUCUCCGCGGCAUCUACUGAUGGAGCGACGCAUUCUGUCCAAAUUUAUUCUGAUAUCAGUGCUGAAUGGGUUUCUGGCGACGAUUCAUUAACUGUCAAUUGGACAACAACGACUGGUGAUAUCUUAACUCAUCAGGUUCAGCUGACAUCACCGACAUUGUAUGGAGAAGUCAGUGAUCACACACAAUAUGGAUCGGCCUUCUACUCUACACCAAACACUGUAUCUGCUACUUAUCAAACGGGACAGGAUAUCGUAGUCCGUGCCCAGUUCAUCAACAACGGUGUGCUCGCAAACACUGAAGACACCAACUUCCGCGCUGUCAGCAAUGAUUGGCCCGUUUUUGGUCUAGCUCACAACCUCGGUAGUGUCGGCAGCACCGAAUCCUCUCCGGUGAUUUACUCUGUCGGACACAUUCGAGAUCCAGCCCUUGAAUAUGUGGUCGUUGGUGGUACACAAGCACGGAGCUUGUACUUCUGGAGCGAAUAUUCCACGCCUGCUGCAGUGAUAUCAGAGUUCCUUGGGGAUUACAGUGCUGCGUUGACCAGAGCCACCACUUUUGAUGCUAAAGUUCAGAGUGAUGCUAGUGCCAUCUCUACUGAAUAUGCGGGCAUCGUCGCUCUGUCUGUUCGUCAGUCCCUGGGUGCCAAUGAAAUAACCAUCAGCAAAGAAUCAAGCGGAGCAUGGAAUACCAGUGAUGUUAUGGUGUUCCUUAAAGAAAUAUCCAGUGACGGAAAUGUGAACACAGUAGAUGUCAUUAACCCCGCCUGGCCUAUAUACCUGUAUACCAACCCCGCACUCGGAAAAUACCUGUUAGAAGGACUUUUCCGUUAUCAGGAGACUGGACUUUACCCUAACAAAUGGAGCGUGCAUGACCUCGGCGCAAGCUAUCCCAAAGCUCUUGGGCAUAAUGACGGUGCGGACGAAGCAAUGCCAGUUGAAGAAUGUGGCAACAUGCUCAUGAUGGCACUGAGCUAUGCGCAAAAGUCUGGCGAUAACUCACAACUCGCAGCCUACUCGAACUUGCUCGAUCAGUGGACUCAGUACCUCAUCUCCGACUCUUUGAUUCCCGGGAAUCAAAUAUCCACAGACGACUUUGCUGGUUCGUUGGCUAACCAAACCAAUCUCGCUAUCAAAGGUAUCGUUGGAAUCAAAGCGAUGUCCGAGAUCUGGGGGAUUUUGGGCAAUACGGCGCAGCAGAACAACUAUAGUUCCAUCGCAUCGAACUACGUCACUCAGUGGCAAACUUUUGCAACUUCGACUACCGGGCCACAUCUUACACUCGAUUACAACGACGAGAGCUCUUGGGGAUUAUCCUACAACCUCUUUGGAGACAAACUGUUGGGCCUGAACUUGUUCCCUGCGUCGGUGUAUGAUGAACAGACGGCUUGGUAUCCUACUGUCGAUAACGCAUUUGGUGUACCUUUGGACACUCGACACACAUACACAAAAACAGACUGGCAAAUCUGGACUUCAACACUUAUGACUAACACUGCUACCAGAGAUAUCUUCAUCGAGGCUGUAUACAAGUGGGCGUCGAGUGGAACGAAUAAUGCUCCGCUUGGCGACUGGUACGACACGAUUGCGGGGGCUCCGGAAGGAUUCAGAGCGAGACCGGUUGUCGGUGGACAUCUCGCCCAUCUCGUUCUAUGAGGAGCUGAGUAGGAAGGCGCAUUUAUUGGGUAAUGAAAACUGUUACAAGUCCUCGGAGACGGAGGUCAGAGCAUGAUACUUGGGUUUUGUAUCUUUCGAAUGGAAAUAAACAACGGCGAUUUAUGCCACUCUCUUUUUUGCAACC